UCGAAGGACGUGAAAUGGACCAAUCACCGAUGAGAAGGAGCGCCUGACAGCGUUUGUUAGGACAGAGAAGGCUUGGAGUUGCCUAGCUCGGUCGGCUGGACUAUAAGAACGGCGGUAAGACGGCGAUGGGAGUGGCAGAAACACGUUGAAGUGGCGACAGAACAGCAAAAUUGGGACUGCAAUGGAAAUAAUGCAAAUAAAGCUAAGCAAGGUGUUCGGGGAGCCAGUGCGGCAGCCAGUCUUCUCGUCUUCAGUGAGGAGAAGACAGUCUUCGAAGUAUGUGGGCCAGAGAUCAUAAAGAGCUUUUCAGCAGUGCUGAAUGAGGAUGACAAUAUUUGUGUCCUGUACCACGGCCUACAUGAAGAUGAAACGGAGAAGUGGGUUUUUAAAAGGUAUUUUGAAGUAUGUGACAAUAGUUGUGGUUGGCAUUUUCAUCUUUUACGUGAUCAAAUCAAGCUUUGAGUCUGAAGAAUGUGAUCUGACGAAAAUUCAGUAUGUGAACUCUGAGCAUGCAGAGAGAGCACAAAAGUAUGCUGAGCAAGUUUUGCAAGCUGAGUGUCAUCCAUCUUUUGCGAAGAAACAGAUGAGCAGGUUAUUUGCAGAGAAAUACAGUGAACAGAUGUCUCCAUUUCUACGAAAAGAUGUAAAUUCACAAACAGCUGCCUUCAAAUAUGAGCUACCUUUUGGAUUUCACAAGUUGUCAGAAAAACUUAAAGACGUGUUGGGUCUCUUACCUGAGCAUGAUUUACCAGAAGACAUACAGUUGAAACACUGCAAGCGUUGUGUUGUUGUGGGGAAUGGAGGAGUCCUUCGUGGACUGGAAUUGGGCUAUGCCCUGAAUCAGUUUGAUGUUGUUAUAAGAUUAAAUAAUGCGCCUGUUCAAGGAUAUACAGAUCAUGUUGGUAAUAAAACUACUAUAAGAAUGACUUAUCCGGAAGGUGCCCCCCUCUCUGAACAUGAGUACUAUCCAAAUGGCUUGUUUGUAGCGGUUUUAUUUAAAAGUGUUGAUUUGAGUUGGAUUCAAGCAGUGGUGAAAAAUGAGUCACUGCCACUCUGGAUGCGAUGGUUUUUUUGGAAGCAGGUAGCUGAGAAAAUUCCUGUAUUGCCUAAACAGUUCCGCAUCUUGAACCCAGCAAUUAUUAAAGAAACUGCUUUGGAUAUUUUGCAGUAUCCUGAACCUCAACCAAAGUUCUGGGGAUGGGAUAAGAAUGUACCUACAAUUGGUGUCACUGCUGUUGUUCUGGCUACGCAUUUAUGUGACGAAGUGAGUUUAGCUGGAUUUGGAUAUGAUCUCAGCCAACCCAACAUGCAGUUGCAUUAUUACGACAAUCUUUGCAUGGCUGCAAUGUAUGAACAAAAAAUGCACAAUGUGACUACUGAAACAACAUUUCUUCAAAAACUGGUAAAAGAGGGAGUUGUAAAAGACCUCAGUGGAGGAAUAUUCUGUGACUUCUGCUGAAAAACAAGCUGAUGAUUGAAACAGCUCCUACUGGUGUGUAUUUCUGCAGGCACCUCCUCUCUGAAGAGACCCUAUCAGUAUUUCCAGCAUGCAAGUGCACCAAAGAACUUGUCAUCUCCCUGUUUACCUGUUUCAGUUUUUAAUGUUACAUUCAGCUGAUUGUUACAUAUGUGAAAAUGAUGCUUCAUUUUCCAUAAGAAAUUUGGGUAAUUAAAUGUUCUCGUAUAUGUAUUUAUUAAAUGGUUUAUGUGUGUAAAAAAGAAAGAAACAGGUGUGAAAGGCUUGAGGCCAUGGUUCAGAUUUGAAAUGUAAAGGUAUCAACGUGCACACCAUCUUUCAUUCCAAUGCCUUAGUCUUGGAAACAGCUAUCCCAUUAGGAAACAUAAGAGCCCUGCUGAAUCAUACCUGUGGUCCAUUUAGUCUUGUUUCACAUGGUGGCCAACAAGCAGGACAUAGAGGCCAACGCCUUCCCCUGCUACUGCCUUAUUGCAUCUGGGUAUGGAGGUUCCUUUUAGUCAACAUGGUUAGUAGUCAUUGAUAGACCCUGUCCUCCAUGAAUAUGUCAAAUCUCCUUCUAAAACCUCCAGUGUUCAUGGCCAGCACUGCAUUCACUGGCAGAGAAUUCCCUAAUUCUUGAGUAACAAAGUAUUUCUUUUGGUUAUUCCUAAACUUCUUUGUGUGCUGCUGAGUUCUAUUAUUAUGGGGGGGAGAGAGAGAGAGUUAUCUCUAUCCACUUUUUCCAGCCAGUGCAUAAUUUAUAAGUCU